CCCCAAGUGUUUGAAACUACCCGGAGGAUCUCCACGCUGGGAUCAAGUAAUGCGACACGGACAUUUUCACUCCUGAACAGACUGCCAUUUAAAUAUUUCAUAUCGGCUUGCUUGUUUAUUGCUCUGAUUGGGGUUCGUGAUCGGCAUUUUUCCCCCCUGCUUGAAGUUUCUGUUUGGAUGCUUGUAGGGCGGUUUAGCAGUGCGUUGUCCUGAGGAUAAUCUACUCGCGAGCUAUAAAUGCGUUUUGGUGUAGCCGUUUAAUGGACCGAGCAUCUGAAGUAAACAGUCGGAGAUAAAAAGAAAAAUGUUAAAUACAGCCAACUGGGACCCACUGCAGGUUACUAACUAUGUAGCGGAAUAUCUGGACUUGGUCGAAUCGCUGCCGUUCGACCUACAAAGAAACGUGUCUCUCAUGAGGGAGAUCGACUCUAAAUAUCAAGAGAUCCUCAAAGAGUUAGAUGACGCAUACCAGAAACACAGGCAGGAGGAGGACCCUGUCCAGCGGCGUCGCCUUCUGCACUGCAUCCAACGUGCACUGAUCCGCAGCCAGGAAUUGGGAGAUGAGAAGAUCCAGCUUGCUGGACAGAUGGUGGAGUUGGUGGAGAACCGCAGCCGGCAGGUGGAUGCUUUCGCAGAGCUUCUAGAAGUCCAGCACGAACCCCACGACGUGACCUCCGUGACAGCUGUCGUAAACCCUGGUAAACGGCGCGAGGAAGAGAAACGCAGAGAAGAGACUCCAGGUUCGGUGGAAAGAUUGGCGAGUGCCAGCAAGCGCUCAAGGAGGCAGAAAAACAACAGCAAUGAGAACCGAGAGAUGAUUCAUAAUGACCGUGAUGAAGUGACCAGAGAGAAACGGGCCAAAACGUCGAAGAAGAAGAAGAGAUCCAAAGCAAAGCAGGAGAGGGAGGCGUCACCGGCUGACCUGCCCAUCGAUCCCAACGAGCCCACGUACUGUCUCUGUGAGCAGGUAUCCUAUGGGGAGAUGAUCGGCUGUGACAACGAUGAGUGUCCCAUCGAGUGGUUUCAUUUCUCCUGUGUUGGUCUUAACCAUAAGCCCAAGGGGAAAUGGUAUUGCCCAAAGUGCAGGGGUGACACAGAAAAAACCAUGGACAAAGCUCUGGAGAAAUCCAAAAAGGAGAGAGCAUAUAACAGGUAGCCGUAUACCUGUUGAACUGUCAAUAUUUUUUAUUUAUUUUAUAUAUUUGUUUAAUGCUAGGAAUAAUUUCUUUGUCAAUUUGUCACCUUAAUCUACAUUUUAGAAUUUAUUUACUACCCAACAGCACUAAAAGGGCUUAAACUCAAACCUCCUGAGUUUAAGUUUUUUUUUUUUUUUUUUUAAUGUGACGGUGAUGUUUUCAAAGAAGUAUUUGACCUCCAUUUCUUUUCUUAUUACUUGAACAGUAUGGGUGACAGAAGUAUUUUAUGAAGGCACUCACAGCAUGGCUAUUAUGUGUUAAGUGUUUAAGUAG